CCAGCGCAUAUUUUGGAGAGGGGGGAAUGGGGGGCGGAAGGGGACGCGGGCAGCCGAUGAACACCAUCCCUCAAAUCUCAAGUCUCUACUCAGUGCAGUGCCGAGGUCGCGGCAUGGGCGCGCACUCUGCGACAAACGGCACACCGCGCAUGCUGGAAUGCGCCACGCGAAACAAUCUCGCUGGACUGCAGAUUUCUACGCCCGCACGGGGGCCCAUGACCUGAGUUGAGUACGCACGGCAGCUAUACCUCGCUACUUAUCGGAAACUCAAGCGUGCGUAACUAUUACUCGCGCUGGCGCCCACCGCGAGUAGGAGAGGGCAAAGGAGGAGGAGGAGGAGGAGGAGGAGGAGGAGGAGGAGGAGAAGAAGAGGGUGACAAGGGGGGAACGAAGCAGCGCAAAAACAUCAAUGCAGCCGCCCUCGAAUGGAGCAGGGGCGCCUGGCCACAAAGACGGGCUGUCCAGCGAAAGAUGGCUUAUAUAAAUGGCCGCUCUCUCUGCCGUAGCCCCGGACUCGGAGGAGGAGGAGGAGGAGGAGGAGGAGGAGGAGGAGGAGGAGGAGGAGGCGAGGAGGAGGAGGAGAAGAGGGGAAAUGCUGGAAUCGCUUACAAAGCGAAAUCGCAAGGACCUCAACGAGUGAAGUCGUGCGCCGAGGAACUCAGUGAACUCGAAGAUGUUGUUAUCAUGUGGUCAACCUCCGCCACAGGCUGCGUCGCGGCGGAGGUGCCCAAAGGCCGCCAUGCCCCUAUGCCACGGCCAAGAAGGGCGACCCGCGGUACGCGGGCGGCGGCUCCGCAGCGACGGCGGAAGAGCAAUAGCAAUGCUCCGUCCAAUUCUGACACUCAGCAGGCGGCCCGGGGGCAGCCGACGGAGUCUCAGAGGCAGAAGGAGACAAUCCCCUGGACUGGCACCGAAUUAGGCCGGAGCGAAGCACCUGAACAGAGCUCCAACCAGUACCUCGGCCAGAGCUGGUCCUGUGUACCCGCGCCCGGCAAUAUCGUUGAUAACCGCUCGUGCGAGCUGCAGUGGACAACAGCUCGGACUCGGGAGGGGGCCUCCGGCUAGGAAGGCACUGCCCGCCCGCGGGAUGCCUCCCGAUCCGCCCAAUGCGCCAGGCGCCCCGCGCGCCCCGCGCCCCCGGGCAGGGCCACAGACCCCCAUAGGCCAGGAGAGUCCGCACCCCGAGGGAGGGGAAAGAGAGGAGAGGAAGGGGGAGGGGACGGAGGGCCAGGAGCGGAAAAGGGGCAGCGGGGGUGCGGACGACCAGGCCGCAUGGGGGCGCGUCGCCAUGCGGGGCGGCCGGGCCGACACGGGGGCGGGGAAGAAGCAAAACAAAAAAAACACGUCGUAACGGCAAUCCGGGCGACGCCUACAGUGCAUGCCUCGGAUUCGUUGCGGCCGGCUCUCGGCGCUAUCGGGCAACGCUGCGUGCCCGAGGUGCUCACACCCAGGCAGGGGGAGGAGGAGGAGGAGGAGGAGGGGAAGGAGGAGGAGGAAAUGACGAUGUUGAAAGUAUGUACACAUACAGAAGGAGCGAACUCGGCCUACCAGUCCCAGCCCGAUGGCUGAUACUUGCACCACCAUUGGGCCUCAGUGAGGUCGUCGUCCGCCGGCGCCAGCCCCUCAGCCACCAUACAUUGAUAACGACUAAUGAGAUCCAUUGGGAACUCUUUCUCGUGGUUCCAAAGCGCCCGCAGGAGGGCGCACUCCAAUGGCUGCUCGGGGUUCGUGACCAUCAACUGCUCAGCCUCUUGAUUCACCACGAAUACUAAGCGAGACCAGUCGGGGUCUUCCUCAUCCUCAGCCUCGUCGUUGUUCUCCGUGGCGUCCUCGAUCGAUGAUUUGCCCCUCCCGCCCGAGGAUGGUCCGCGAUUGCGGUGGCUCUUGCGCGUCGUUUUUCUGGUCGUGCCGAUGGUGGUAGCAGCUGCUGGGGCCCCCUCCGGGACCCCGGUGGCCGUUUCAGCGUCAGAGCAGAAGCCAUCAGCUGCUGAACGCUGCUUGUCAAUCGAGGCAUCGCCCUCCGCGUCCGAGUCCGCGGGCGUGUCGUAGCCGUCGUCGUCCAUGACGUUGUCCUCGUCGUCCCUGUCCAUGCUCUUCUCACUGCGUGGUUCCUGGACGGGGCCCUUGCCAAGGGCAUCGUCGCCCGAGGCGCCGGCGGGCCGCCGCCGGCCGGCCGCGGCCGCCGCCCUCUCGAAGUAGAUGGAUCCCCUGCCGAGCAGGCCCCCGAACAGGCUCCUCGCGGAAAUCUCCGUCGCGCGCAUCUUGCCCUGGCACUCUUGGAGCUUGGCUCGGAUCUCCGCGUUCCUGGGAGCCCGCCGCGCGGACUCCAG